AGGUACAGACAGGUGUGGACAGGUACCGACAGGUGAAGACAGGUGAGAACAGGUACCGACAGGUACAGGCAGGGGUGCAGGCUGGGCUCCAUGGCCUGCUCCCACCUUCCUGUGCUCAUGACCCAUCCCAGAGGGUCAUCCCCGUGCCAGAGGCCGCCCACACCUGCCCAGGUGAGCAGGCAGGUGCUGGUGCCCCGGUGCUGAGCCCUUUUCCCGUGCACCGCCAGGUGAGCGGGGAGCCGGCCCGGUGCCGGGCGGUGGCGGAAUUCCUGCAGAGCCUGCUGGACUCGGUGGCCUCGCACCCCGCAACGCUGCGCUUCCCCGGCGUCGCCCGCUUCCUGCGGGAGCCGGCCGGGCAGAGCCUGCUGCGGCAGCUGGAGAGCCGCUUCAGCUGCAUCUUCCAGCUGCACGGGGAGCCCUGGAGCCCUCCGGACCCGCAGCUGGAGCUGGAGGAGCUGCUGCCCCUGGGCAGCCACCGGGAGCUCUGCUCACCCUCCUGGCACCGGGAUCUGCCCGAGGACGCCGCUUAUGAGGACACCGGGGACGGCGGCGACAGCGGCUUUCGCACCAGCGCAGAGGAGAUCAAGAUGAUGCUGGCAGCGCUGCAGCCGCGCGGCCCCGCCGGGCGUGGGAGCCCCGGCCCUUGGCCCGAGCCCGUCGCCAGCGGCGAGUGGGACCUGGAGGCCGAGUUCCCCUUCGCGGCCGGCGGGGACGGUGCCAGGGAGCUGCUGUUGGACACCGGCGUGCAGGAGGAGGUGCAGAUGGCUCUGGCCAUCCAGUACUCCAUGGACCGCACGUGGUGCGAGGAGCAGGAGCUGGCCCGCGCCACCGCCCUGUCCCUGCGCUCCUACAGCCGGGAGCGGGAGCAGGAGCGGGCGGAGGAGGAUGGAGAGCUGCUGGCCGCGCUGGAGGCCUCGCUGGAGGAGGCGCUGCUGGCGGCAGACACGGUGCGGGUGACGGUGUUCUGCUCCUCGGAGCAGGACGCGUCGGCGGUGCCGCGGGAGCUGGAGCGGGCGCUGGCGGCGCGGCUGCGGACGCGGGAGGUGGCGAGCGAGCGGCUGCGGGCGCUGCCAGCCCCCGGCCGCUGCGCGCUGGCCCUGCUGCGCCGCCGCCACGCCGUGCAGCUCACCCUGCAAGGCGGCACCGCCACGCUGCGAGGCUUCCCCGACUUCGUGGAGCCUGCCGCACGGGAGCUCGCGUGGCUGCUCCGGAGCAUGCCACCGCCGCGGCACGGUGCCACCAACACCGCCAGCACCGCGCACUGGGUGCGCUGGGACCCGUCUGGCACCGCUGUCUCCUACGGCCCCGAGGCCGCGGCGCAGCUGGAGCAGGCCUGGCUGCGCCAGGAGCGCCGGCUGGAUCUGGUGCUGGACGGGAGGCCCUUCACCGUGGAUUUGGAGCGCAUGGAGGAGUUCGACAUCGGCAGCGCCCGCGCCGUGCCCGUGUGCCGCAGCCAGCCCCCGCUGGACAGCACCUGCUGCCUGCUCGGGCCGGAGCUGGCCGGGCUGGAGGAGGAGGUGCGGCUGAUGCCGCUGGCCGAGGACUCGGAGGAGUUCGCCGAGGCGGCGCAGCAUUUCUGCGGGACGCUGGAGGAGCUGCAGGGCCAGAUCAGCAUCGUGCAGGUGCAGAAGCUGAUCCACCCGGUGCUGUACAAGCAGUACCAGCUGAAGAAGGGCAGCGUCGAGCGGGCUUGUGCCGCCGGCACCGCCGUGGAGCGCGUCCUGUUCCACGGCACCACCAAGGCCUCCAGCCGUGAGAUCUGCCUGCACGGCUUCAACCGCAGCUUCUGCGGGAAGAACGCCACGCUCUACGGGCUCGGCGUGUACUUCGCGGUGCGUGCGGCCGUCUCGGCGCGGGAUCGUUACUCACCGCCCAGCGCCAGCGGCACCAAGUUCAUCUUCAUGGCCAAGGUGCUGACCGGGGAGUUCGCGGCCGGGCGAGCGGGGCUGCGGGCGCCGCCGCUGCGGGAGGGCUCCGGCGUCCCCCGGCGCUACCACAGCGUGGUGGACAACCCCCGGCAGCCCAACACCUUCGUCAUCUUCAACGACACCCAGGCCUACCCCCAGUACCUCAUCACCUGCCGCAGCCGCCACGGGGGUCCCCUCUGAGCCCCCCGGAUUUGAGGAUUCCCUUUAUCCCCCCGGCGUGUCCCGGUGCCGUUGUGGGGGUUUUGGUGUCCGGGGGGCUCUGCCGUCGGGACUCGGGGUGCAGGGAGGUUCCUGCCCUGCCCAGGAGCUCGGGGUGGGGGGAUCCUCAGCUGGGAACACUCCUGGGCACCCCCGUGCCAGGGUGGGAGAGGGACAGGAGGACUUGGGGUCACCUGUGUGACAUCAGUGAAAUUUUAAAUUAAACUGGAAAUAAAAUUGGGAAUAAAUUGGAA